UUCUUUUCAUAACCCCUCUCAUGUGUCCUUAAUCGCGGCCUCCAUUCUCUCUCGUUCCCCGAUUCAAACCACAAACCCACAAAAUUUCCCAGGAGUUUCCCAUGGCAAACACAAGUCCUGACCACACUGAUUCUCCUUUAGAAAAAGGCGUAAAAGAACCAAAUCUAAUCGAAAGAGCUAACGAAGAGAUCAAGGCUGUAAUUGGUUCACCUCGCCAUGACAAGGAAACGCAUGGCACAAGUGAUGACAUUGAUGAGGACACUCCAAUAGAUGAAGUGAAAGGCCCGAGCGUGUUUGAACGAGUGAAGGAAGAGGUCGAGGCAAUAGUUGAAGCAAUUCAUCCUAAGAAAGAAUCUAGAAAGCACGAAUCAUCCUCAGAGUAAGAAAGUGGAUUUGAGAAAACCCUCCAUUCUUGGGAUUCAAUAGAAGAAGCUAAUCCUGAACUUUGGAUGGUGUUUAACUGCUUUGAUAUGUAUGUUUUCCUUGCUCUGCAAAUCUAACUACUGGGAUCUAAUGGAACAUAUUGUAGAUUGAUAAAAUCGAACCUUCCUUCCUUUCAUGUGCCAAAACUUCUGUGAAGGAGGAAUUUAUAUUCGAUGAUUCUGCAUGUUCUUUGUAACAAGCUUAUAAUCCACUGAACAGGUUAUUUGGCUU